AUGUCGUCGCCCAAGAGACGGAUCGAAACAGAUGUCAUGAAGAUGCUCAUGUCAGACUACGAAGUCACCCUCGUCAAUGACAACAUGCAAGAAUUCUAUGUUCGUUUUCACGGCCCACAUGAAACGCCCUUUCAUGGUGGUUUAUGGAAAGUCCAUGUGGAACUCCCUGAUCAAUACCCAUAUAAAUCUCCCAGCAUCGGCUUCAUGAAUCGCAUCUUUCAUCCCAAUAUCGAUGAGAUCUCCGGGUCGGUGUGUUUGGAUGUGAUUAAUCAGACUUGGAGUCCCAUGUUUGAUAUGAUUAACAUCUUUGAGGUGUUUCUACCACAGCUACUACGGUAUCCCAACCCAAGUGAUCCGUUGAAUGGCGAAGCGGCAGCUUUGCUGAUGCGGGAUCCUCGAGCGUAUGAGACGAAAGUGAAGGAUUACCUCAACAAGUAUGCAACAAAGGAAGCCGUGGAUCAUGCUGCGAGUGAUGAGGAUGAGAGUGAAGAUGAGAGUAUGUCCAGUGCCGGCAGCUAUGAUGAUUCUGAUCAAGAAGCAGCCGGUAAGAUGGAUAUAUAG